GGUUUCUGGUCUGAAGAGUUACAUUCAUGACUCAAAAGCGAACGAGUAAGACGUGGUGUUAAGAACUUACCAAAACUUUUUAAUGAUUUAAGGGUUAAUAGUGGCACCAAGGAUUGUACGAGCAAACGAUUCAAGAUUUACGAGUUGCUUACUUUAAGACAAAGACUAAGAUAUUCAAUAUGGUUCACACAAGCCCUGUACAUUCGUUGUGCGACGACAGUUCAAUCUUUUGUGACAACAUAGAUCUUGGAUUUUAUGACAUGGACUACCAAAGCAGCAAGCCAGCCCUUCAGCCAAUGAAGUUCGAGUCCCUUGAUGAUGAAUCAAUGAGCUACGAGUGCUUGCAGCCCAUGAACAACGAUCAAAUUUUACCACAAAAGAAGUCCCUGCCCAGCACAGAGAUGCAGAGCAAUCUUCUAAGUUGGAUAACAAAACAUCCAAAGAACUGGACAUCGUCUGAAGUCCUGGACUGGGUCUACUAUGUUGCUGGCAAGCUGGAGGUUGACUUCUGCAGGUUCAGGGGAGAAGCUUUCCAGAAUAUGACUGGGGCCAAGUUGUGCCAACUCAGCAGUGUAGAUUUUGAGAGACUUGUCCCAGAAUAUGGAAUGAAGCUCUUUGACCUUUUCCAUGAACUCCUAAGAGGAGCCAACUUCAGCAAGCCAGAUUUUUUCAACGAAGCUCCCAUGCUGUCAGGACUCCCAAUGCAACAGAUGGAGACAAAUGAGACAAAAUAUGAGCCAAAGUUUGAUGGUACAAUGUUAUCAAGCUUUGAGCAGCAAAUGAGAACUUACACUAUUGGAGAUAGGGAGUAUGACUUUGACCCUAAUAUGUUCCCAGAGGUCCAAGAUGAAGGAUACAACACAACCACAGACUACUCUGACUCAGAGUCUCUGCAAAGGGGGGAGACAAGUUACCCAGAGGUUUUUGAACAGUAUCCACCUAUAACUUCUAUUUUGCCUCCCACCCAACCAGGCAGUGGAAAAGUCACACGCAGGCCCCCUGGAAGGCCACCAAAGAAACCUCGCCAAAGUGUUUCCAGCGAAGAUGGAUCAGAUGGGGAGUACUCACCAACACAGAACAGGGGGCGUAGACCAGGCCAGAGUGCAAAGGGAAAUCAUCUCUGGGAGUUCAUACGUGAUAUCCUUAAGAACUCAAUGUACUGCCCAAGACUCAUUAAGUGGGAGGACCGCAAAGAUGGCGUCUUCCGCUUUGUUCAGUCAGAAGCUGUAGCUGCUAUGUGGGGUCGCAAGAAAAACAAUCCAGGAAUGACUUAUGAGAAGUUGAGCAGAGCUAUGAGGUAUUACUACAAGCGUGGAAUUUUGGAACGAGUUGAUGGUCGUCGUCUUGUCUACAAAUUUGGUAAAAAUGCACAUGGCUGGCAGGUAGCAUAAAGACAGGAGACAAAUGAGCAGAUUGAAAGACUUAAAAGACAGACUACUUUGUGAAAUAUUCCUGGAUGAGAUAUAGCAGCUGGACUGCAAGGAGCCUAAUACAAGUGUACAUAAGUUAUUUGUUAUUUGGCUGUAUUAUGAUCAAAUGCUUGUGAUCAAAUAUUUUUUAAAGAUAUGAUGUGGUCAUUUGAAAUGUUACCACAUUUAGACAUUAGAUUCAAAGGCUCAUUCCAUUUUGUUUUGCCUUUAUGACUGAAAUUGAAAAUUUCAUAUAGAGCACAAAGUUUAUGUAUAUAUGGGAAUGUCUUUUUUAUUUUUGUAUAAGUGUGUACUUGUACUACCAAACACCCUCCUGUACAAGGAGCAGAUGUUGGACUUUGCACAUGUUUGCAAGUCUGUUACAAUCACCAUGACAACAUGGUGGUUACAGUUUGUAUGGCCGUCAUAUGGUCAAUUUUAAUGUUUUUUGUUGACCAUUAAUGUUGUCCUUAAGAAAUCCCAGUGAGCUAUAAUUGUAUUGUAAAUUAACAAGGUGGCGGGUAUGGCUGUGAUAAUUAUUAUCAUUAUUCCAUUACCAUUUCAGUUAUCAUCUUGUCACGUCAAAGUUACUGUCUUGUACAUAAUUAAUUGAAUGUUUUCAGUCCAUUUUUGUGUUCACUGUAAAGACAAUUGUAGAUAUUUUUAUAAGUAUUUUGAAUUUUAAUAAAAAAGUUUUCAUUGACAAUAA